AUGGUGUAUAUUAAUAAGAAAUUGAAGAAGGCAAAGCCGAACUAUACUGCGGCUCAUAGAGGUCACAUGCGUGCUUUGGAGCAUGAACGACGUGCUUCCGCCAAGAAAAUCAUCCGCGCCAACAUCAGGGCUGAUAUGAUUUUUGCUGCUGAACAGCAUGCAAGGGCACUUCUUCCCGUCCAGCCUACCUCGCCGAAGAGGUCCAAGAACGAGAAGAAAAGACGUGCGGCGGCAGCUACUGCUACCAAGCAGAGACAAGAGAGGGCUGAGGCAAAAGAAAAAGCCGAAGCAAAUGAAGUUGCGAGCCUCGCUCGGCAGUUUUGGGAGUUGCGAUUAGCAGGGCGGGAGUUUGAGGGCGGCGAGAAUGAUAACGAGGAUGACUACGAUGACGAAGAAGAUGAAGAAGAAGUGAAGAGCAAGUUUUCGGGUUGGUUUGGGCUGUCUCGGAAAGAUGACGAUGCGGAUGAAUCUGGUGGUAGAAGUGGCAGUUGUGGAGGCGAGGCGGGAAUGAGUGGAAAUGAUCACGUGUGGGUCGAGGCUUUGAUGUGGUGA